CAAUCCCGUAAUCGAACUCAUCUUAUCCUGAGUAACAAGCCCGAUCGGCGUGGAUACGGAAGGUAACCGAGGAAGAAGAAAGCGAAUAAAUGGCAACCAUAGCUGGUCUGAGCCUUUCGGGACCUGGGGUUUUGGUCAGGGCAUCGGAGUCGCAAAAGGCCCAUACAGUCAAGUUCCCGGCGAUCAUAGGCCAAAGAUUCGGGUCGGGCCGGAUGGUGGCAGUUCGGCCACUGCGUGCAGCGCCGGAUCGUAUAUCGGAGAAGGUGGAAGAGAGCAUAAAGAAGGCAGAGGAGACGUGCUCGGACAACCCGGCGAGCGGUGAGUGCGUGGCGGCGUGGGAUGAAGUGGAGGAGCUAAGCGCGGCGGCCAGCCAUGCCAGAGACCGUAAGAAGGAGGCGGAUCCACUGGAGAACUACUGCCAGGACAACCCAGAGACGGACGAGUGCCGCACAUAUGAUAACUGAGAGGGUUGAUAUCAAAACUUGUCAAAAAUGUGUUUUUUACUCUUUAGCGUUCUAUGUUACAUGAUAUGAAUGGUCUGGCAUGUUUAAAUAAUUAAUUUUGAACCAAGCGUGAUCCACGAAGCAAACCACCUACUUGUCACCAUUGAUACAGAGGAAAAAGCCUUGUUUAUUUACAAAAAGUAACGUACGAAGUUUAUUUAA